GCCCCUGAGGGAGAAGAGCUUGUUCUUCUCUGAACAUACAUGUUCAGAAGUAGGGACUUGAGAGACACUGGAAGAUGGGAGGCAAGUCACAGGUGACAGAAUAAGCUUUCUGUGGUUGCAACAUGAUGGACACCAGCAACCAGUGCCACAGCCACUGCAGUCCACUGUAGGCUGUGUUUUAAACUCACUUGAUGUGUGUGGUGUGUGUGUGUGUGUGUGUGCAGAUGCCCAGAGAGGCUAAAGAGGGGCAACAGAUCCAUUGGAGUUUGCAUGAAGGGCAUUUGUGAAUUACCUGAUGUGAUUUCUGAGAUCCAAAUUCUAACCCCAGCAGAGAGUUGUAGUAAAUGUCCUUAACCCCUGAGCUGCUUCUCCAGUCCCUUAAGUGGCUAAAGCUCGUGUACAUAGAUGGAACCCUCGGAAACUGGUCUGGACGGGGAGAACGAGGCAGCAAAGGCUGAGUGAACUUGAACUUCCUGGUGCUCAAGGCUGAUGAGAGGACCGUGCUGCCCCUGGCCGAGCGUAAGAGGAAGCCUAAAUUCUCCAAGGAGGAGCUGGACAUUCUGGUCACAGAGGUGACCCGUCACGAAGCCGUUCUCUUUGGGAGAGAGACCAUGCGGCUGUCCCAUGCCGACAGGGACAAGAUUUGGGAAGGCAUAGCUCGGAAAAUCACCUCCGUCAGCCAGGUUCCCCGCUCCAUCAAGGACAUUAAGCACAGGUGGGAUGACAUGAAGCGCAGGACCAAGGACAAGCUGGCUUUCAUGCGGCAGUCACUGUCGGGCCCAGGGAUCGGGGACCACACCCACCCCAUCAUGCUCGCUGCCCACGAGAGAGCCAUCGAGGCAGCACUGCUCACCGCCAGGGCCGGUCACGGCUUCCCCAGGGCAGAGCUGGACGGAACCGACAGCCCGUCUACCAGCUAUGAUGGAGACGAGGAAGCUCCCGGGCCCUCACGGCAGCCUCUCCGGAUGCCCCUGCCGUGUCCUCCAGAGGAAGAGGCCCCCCUGGCCAGGCCCACGCUGCUCUAUUCAUCUUCCUCAGACCCAUCCAAGAUGUUGGACCCUAAGCCAGAGGUCCUGCACCAUCCCUCACUCCAGGCCCUCAGGACCCCAGAACCACAUCCCAGCUCGCCUACCAUGGGCCUGGACUGGCAUCUCCUACAUGCCCAUGCCCAUCAGACUGAAAUGUUCCAGAAGUUCUGCCAGGAGCUGAUGACUGUACACCGAGACAUGGCCGGCAGCAUGCAUGUCAUCAGCCAGGCCAUGGCUGAGCUGAACAGCCGUGUUGGUCAGAUGUGUGAGACGCUUAUGGAGAUCCGAGAUGCAGUUCAGGCAUCUCAGCGUGGGCCAGAAAGGGCAGCCCCCAUGGACCACACUUUCCAGUCUCAGGCACCCCUGCUGGGCCCUACACCAGCACCCCCAGAACCAGCCCCAACACGGACUACCAGGUCUCAGAAGAGAAAGCACAAUUUCUAACCUGGCGGGUUUGCAUAAGGAAAAGCAAUGCCGGUGGUGUCUGUCCUUGAGCUGGGGGAGUCUCUUGUGUCCAGAAACAAGACUGAUGACCCUGGGGCACAGUCGUCUCUUCACCUGGUGCAGUCCAGUCUCCUGUGCUUUCACCGAGCGGGUGUACAGGCACACCACCCCCUUAUCUCAGGAAGAUACUCAAGACACAAGAAAAGCUUCCUGCUUGAAUGCUUGCUUGGCCUAGAAGGCUGCUCUCCUCGUGGCCUGUAUCCUGUAUCCUAUGGAGCAGGCCUCGCUGGGGCAGGGGGCAGCAUCCAACAGAAUCUUGCUUCCA